UAACCUCAGGGUCAACCUUGUGCAUGAAGUUGAUGGAUGGAGGAAAUCGUUCAGUGGUGUCUGAAUUUUUGCUGCAGGGACUCACCAGUUCUUGGGAGAUCCAGAUUCUUCUUUUUCUCUUGUUCACAGUAUUUUAUAUAGCGAGUGUUUCCAGCAUUGCAACCCCAAAGAUGAUUUCUGACCUUUUCAGAAGACACAAAGUCAUCUCCUUGAGAGGCUGCAUCACCCAGAUGUUCUUUAUUCACACUGUUGGGGGUGCAGAGAUGGUGCUGCUCACAGUCAUGGCCUAUGACCGGUACGUUGCCAUCUGUAAGCCGCUCCACUACCCGACCAUCAUGAGCCUAAGAAUGUGCACUUCUCUUCUGGCUGUUGCUUGGACCAUUGGACUCAUCCACUCUGUGGCCCAGCUAGCUUUUGUUGUCAACUUACCCUUUUGUGGCCCCAAUGAAAUGGAUAGCUUUUACUGUGAUUUUCCUCGGUUCAUCAAGCUUGCAUGUACAGACACGUAUAGAUUGGAGUUUCUGGUCACUGCCAACAGUGGUUUCAUCUCCAUGGGCACCUUCUUUACCCUGCUUGUGUCUUACAUCUUCAUCCUGGUCAUGGUUCGAAAACACUCUUCAGGUGGUUCAUCCAAGGCCCUUUCUACCCUCUCAGCUCACAUCACUGUGGUAGUUUUUUUCUUUGGCCCUUGCAUUAUUGUCUAUGUGUGGCCAUUCCCUACCUUACCCAUAGAUAAAUUUUUAGCCAUUUUUGAUGCUCUUAUUACUCCUUUUAUGAAUCCUAUUAUCUACACACUUAGAAAUAAGGAGAUGAAGAUGGCAAUGAGGAGACUGUUUGGUAAGGUUUUAAGUUUUAAGAAGAGUUUUUUCAUGCACAAUUCAAGAAAUUCAGAUUGA